CUUUUUUAAUUUAUUUUCUCUUGCUUUGCAUUGCAUAACCGUUUUCAUUUUUUUCUUCGUAUUACUGUCAAAUUCCUAAUAUUCAAACUUCCUACACACCCUUCCAUUGUAUUUAAACAAUAAUGUCGGACCAGCGCAACUACGCUUCGCACACAGACAAGCCUGAUGGCACAUUGAGCAAGUUUGGCAAACUGAUACGCACAAUAACCGCAAUGCAACACCGCCCAAGCAAACGAACCUACGCUCACGACGCGGAUUGCGAUUUCGAGCUCGACACGACGCCGAACGUACAGCCGCUGGAGGCGGGCGACAUUGGGUAUGGUGGCGGCAUUGCGGGGCAGGGGGCGGUUCCAAUGUCUGUGCAGCGCGACUCGGUGAGGGCGGAGAGCCUGCGCAAGCGGGAGAAAGUUGCCGAGAUGCGCAGGAAGCGGCAGCAGCAGCAGCAGCCGCUUGGGGCGAUUGGAGAGUUGAGCGUCGAUGCACCCGGGUCUGUCCGCUCUGCCGCUGCUCCGAGGGCUGCUGCUGCUGCGAGCUUGGCGACGCUGUUUGGGCCACCGCUGGGGCCCGUCGAGGAUGGCGGUGGAAUGGCUGAGGCGUCCUCUGCGGACAUUGCUGAGAUGGAGGCGGACGGGGCGCGGUUGGUGGUGCAGGCGCAGGCGCAGGCGGCGGCGUUUAAUCCGGCGGACGAGAGGUUCUUCAAUAGUCCGGAGCUUGAUCUGCUGCUGCACGAGAUUGACGCUGCGCCGCUGGUCUUCCCGGCCGAGCCGCCGGCUCACCUGGCGCCGGCCUCUCCUGCGGCAGACGCUUUCGUGGGUGCGAUUGCCGGCCGGCCUUUGGCGGAGGGCGCGCGGCGCGCGGCUUCUUUUGGCGGGUCUUUGGCGGCGCGGACGCCGCCGGCGAGGGGCGAGUCUGGAUUUAUCAUUAAUAUUCCGUCAACGUCGUUGUCGCCUGUUGUGCCGUUUGGGGUGCGGCGCGUUUCGGAUGAGGGCGGGCUGUCGCGCGUCGCGUCUGCGCGGCUUCACCACGGCCGGCUGCAGACCAAUGCGCAGCAGUUGCAGAGUGCGAAAGACGGGGGGCGCACUGCUGCAGAUCGGCGCGGAUCGGGACGCGAGGUUGACGGCUGCGAUGACGGUGACGGUGACGGUGACCGGCGACGUGAUGAUGACGUGCUUGAACAGUUGCGGGAGGAGAUGGACAUGAAUAGGGAGCUGCGCGGGGAGUUGGCCAGGCUCAAUGAUGUUAUCAAUGCUGUGGUCAAUAUGGCGCAAGCGAACAAGACGCUGUGCGACAUUAACAGGAAGCAUCAAGUUUAAUUAAAUCACCCACACUUUUUUCUUUUGCCAAUCAAAUCCCUUUUUUUUUGUUAUGUCGCUUGUACGCCUGCAGACUGUGAGCAUGCAGCUUGGAAGGCGGCAGAUGGUUAAGCGAGGGCUGUACAGCCGUGCAACUUGCAUUGCAGGCGGCAGCCCCCCCUGUCAUUUUUGUUUCCCCUUAUGAAUGCAGCUCAUAUUGCAUUUGCAGCCCUGUAGCUCUUGCAGCGGCAUCCCCCUGUUCCCAACGCACGCGUG